UGGUGGGAGUACUUCUUACUUUGUCCCUCGUUUUAGCCGAAGAAGAAUCAGAUGUGAUUACUUUAUCAAAGGCUAAUUUCAAUGAAACUGUUAAUCCUGAAAAAUUAAUUCUUGUAGAAUUCUAUGCUCCAUGGUGUGGACACUGCAAAGCACUCGCACCUGAGUAUGAAAUAGCUGCUACCGCCCUAAAAAAAGAUAAUAUCAAACUUGCCAAAGUUGACUGUACAGCCGAACAAGAUCUUUGUCAAGAACACGGAGUUAGAGGAUACCCUACUUUGAAAGUUUUCAAAAAUGGUAUCGCAACAGAAUACAAUGGCGGUAGAAAAGGUGAUCUUAUUACAAGUUACAUGAAAAAACAAUCUCUACCGGCCGUUUCGGAUGUUACCAUUGAUAACUUUGAUACCUUCAAAGAUUCAGAUGAAGUUAUAAUUAUUGGAUUCUGGGAUUCUGAAAGUCAAAGCGAACACGAUACUUUUAAUACAGUUGCCGAAAGUUUACGUAAUGAUUUUAUGUUUGGACAAACAGGGCAAAAAGAAGUAGCAACCAAGGCUGAAGUCACAACACCAGCUGUUGUUCUUUAUAAAAAAUUCGAUGAAGGCAAGAAUGUAUUGAAAACUCCAUUCACAAAAGAGCAAUUAGAAAGCUUUAUAAAGACCAACUCUGUUCCAUUAUUGGGAGAAAUUGGACCUGAAAAUUAUGGUUCAUACGUUGAUGCUGGAUUACCAAUUGCAUUCUUAUUUUAUGAGACUGAUGAGCAUCGUGCCUCUCUUGGUAAAGCCAUAGAGCCAGUUGCCAAAAAUUUCAAAGGUCAAGUUAACUUUGUAUACAUCAAUGCUAGUAAAUUCGGACAACACGCUGAAAACAUUAACUUGAAACAACAAUGGCCUGCUUUUGGAAUUCAACAUCCCAAUGACGAACAGAAAUUUCCAUUCAACCAAAGUGAAGAAAUUACAACUGAAAGUAUUCAAGUCUUUGUUACAAAAGUUAUUAAAGGAGAAAUUUCCGCAAGUGUCAAAUCUGAACCUAUUCCAGAAACUAAUGAUGGGCCAGUAACUGUUUUAGUAGCUGAUACAUUUGAAGAAAUUGUAUACGACAAGACCAAAGACGUUCUUAAACUCGCACCUAUCUGGGACGAAUUAGGACAAUCUUAUUCGAACUCUAAGGACAAGAUAAUAAUCGCGAAAAUUGAUGCUACUGCAAAUGACAUUCCUUCAAAAUCAUUUAAAGUUUCUGGUUUUCCAACAAUCAAAUUCUUCAAAGCUGGUGACAAAGAAGAAAAAGAAAUCAUAGAUUAUUCAGGUGAUAGGACAUUGGAAAACUUUAUCGAAUUCAUAACCAAAAAUGCUGGCAAUAAG